UGUGACACAGAAGAACAAUAAUACGGAAGUGAAAAGAACCGGGUGAUUCUGGUGAAGAAGGAAAAAAACAGCUUGCAAUAUGGAAGAUCAAGAGAUGCAGCUAAAGGUUCGACGAGUGAGUGACAAAUUCACGGAGAGUAUGUACGUUUUGGCUAACGAGCCGUCCGUAGCUCUCUACAGACUGCAGGAGCAUGUCAGGAGGUCUCUGCCUGAACUGGUGCAACACAAGACAAACAUGCAGAGCUGGGAAGAACAAAGUCAAGGCGCUAUCUAUACUGUGGAGUAUGCAUGCAGUGCAGUGAAGAGCAUGACAAACAGCAUUCUGUAUUUCAAGAACAUUGAUGGCCUUCUUCAUCAAGCUAUCAGCAUGAAGGAACAAAUUAGUAACUCCCAAGGACGCAGAUUAUAUGAUGUGACCCCAUCUCCCAGUCCCCUUGUCUCUGCUCCACAUGCUCCAUCCCCUUCCUCAUGAUCUGUGGACAGUGGUGUCUAAGGAAAAGAACCGCGGACUCAGGCAUGCUGAAGGAAACGGGAGCUAAUCACAGCUAUGGGAUGUGAGGCAACU